AUGGCGUUAACUGUGCAGAAGCCAGGGGUUCCACGAACAGAUCAUAACAGGGUUAUCUUACAUUUUCUAUACACCCAUAUAAAAUUAGCCAAGAUCAAGGACGUGGACUACGAUUGCUUCUAUGCCUCUGUAUUCGAGGCGGAGAAUCCCGCCCUCAAGACAGUACCACUCGCUGUGCAGCAGAAGCAGAUUGUCGUGACCUGCAACUACGAAGCGCGGAGAAGAGGGUUACGGAAACUCCAGCUUAUCAAGGAUGCCAAAAGGAUAUGUCCUGAAGUCGUCAUUGUGCUUGGAGAGGACUUGACCAAAUUCCGUGACGUUUCCAAGCGUCUAUACUCCUUCUUGAAAUCACUCGUCUGGGGUGACAGGGUCGAGAGAUUGGGAUUUGACGAGGUGUUUCUGGAUGUCACCUCUAUGAUAGAUUACAAUCUCCAAUGGCUAGAGUCUAAUGUUACGAACGCAUUCUUCCAGCUAGACAAAGAUGACUUUAGUGUUGGGUUCGAGUAUGACUCAACUGUAUAUUGUGGUCCAACAUAUCCUCCACGGGAUAAUGAUCCACGGCCCGAACGUGUAUUACACUCUUCAGACCUUGGACAGAGGUUGAUUCUUGCUUCACACCUGGGAAAAUAUCUACGGAAGCAGCUAGAGGAGAAACAGGGCUAUACCAGUACCGUGGGGAUUUCUACAUCCAAACUUCUUUCAAAGCUAGUCGGAAACAUUCACAAACCACGGAAUCAAACGACACUCAUACCGCCCUACCUGCACGAUGCAGACCAGAGUGAUAAUUAUAUCACUCAAUUCAUGGAUGGCCAUGAAAUAGGCAAGGUCCCUGGUAUUGGAUUCAAAAUUGCUAGCCGCAUAAGAGCGGCGGUACUAGGUCGUGAAAAUGAUCUAGAGUUGUACGGAGAACUUAGGGAAGAUGACAAAGUUACGGUUAGCACUGUGAGGACAUUCCCGGGAAUGGCCCCGUCGAUGCUUGAUAGAAUAUUAUCAGGUGGAGGAUGGCCCAGGGACAUUGGGGCUAAGAUAUCGGAACUAAUCCAUGGUGUUGACUGUAGUGAAGUUGCUACUGCCCGGAUGGUUCCUACUCAGAUUAGUAUUGAAGAUUCGUUUCGCCAGCUGGAUACACUGGAUGCUGUGAAGAAGGAAAUGUUUCCGCUGGCCUGUAGCUUGAUUCGACGAAUGCACACUGACCUGACCGAUGGAGAAGAGGAUGAUGCAGGGAAAGAUACUACGAAUAAUCGGGCCUUUGGGGCGUUAGAGAAAAAGAAACGAUGGCUAGCACACCCUAGGACACUACGACUCUCUACACGCUCCAGAGUCCAGCCCAGCAGCACAAAUCAAACGCAGAGUCUAUAUAACAACCGCAUCUCCCGAUCCUGCCCUGUACCACGAUUCAUAUUCUCCUUCAACGAAAACGUGGACGUCACUGCUGAACGGUUGGUACAUGAAUGUUUAAUGCCUACCUUUCGAAAACUUCAUCCGGAAAAGUGUGGAUGGAGAAUCAGGUUGAUCAAUGUGGCUGUGACCAAUAUGGUGGAUAGUGCAGGGUCAACGAAGAAUAGCGCAGGUCGGGAUAUCGGAAGGAUGUUCGAAUCGCAAAAUCAGGUUCUUCGAGAAUGGAGGGUGGCUGAUGCUGGCGAUCAUGCUGAGGUGGAGAACUCAAUUGAUGAUGCGUGGGAGUAUGAAGACGACGAUCCUGCAAUGGAUGCAGGCACUGCAUGCACUGAAUGCCAGAUAUGUGGUGCUUCUAUACCUCAUUUUGCGCUGCAAGCACAUGAGACCUACCACUCGAUCACUGAUUGA